AUGGCGAUGAAGAAGAUGAUGGGUGAGUCUGUAUGUGUGCUAGGCUUGGUUAUGGUGGUUUUGGCAGCGAUUGCAAGCUCUAUGACUAUAAAUGCAGCAAUUACAUGCCAAGAAGCUAUCACAAAGAUGCUUCCAUGCCAACAAUACUUGGUGGGCAAUAGUGGGAUAACUGUACCGUGCUGUCAAGGGGUUCAAGCCUUGAACCAGAUGGUUGCUUCUAUAACAGAUCGCCAAACUGUGUGUAGAUGUUUUAAGCAAGUUGGACCCUCUUUAGGGGUUAAGGUUGAUAAAGCUAAGCAACUUCCUAGUCUUUGCGAAAUUGAUAUUCACGGAAUACCUAUUGACUAUACUGUUGAUUGCAAGUUUGAUGGAUGGCUUAUUGGAAUUUGUGAGCAAGGGCGCACCAUGCGUUAG